GAGGGACCAGAGAGAGGAGGGAGGGAGGAAGGAGGAAGAGCAGAGAGGAGCAGAGAGAGGGAUACACACCAGAUUAACAGAUAACCAGGCUAAGAGGUAACCGGGUUAACAGAAGAUGGAGUCGGAGGAGAAUCUGCUCAACGUUUUUCUGCUGCUGCUGAUGGGAUCACACUUCACUGUGGUUGGUCCUUCUGCCCCUGAGGAAGGCUGGCAGGUGUACAGUUCAGCUCAGGACUCUGAAGGUCGAUGUGUUUGUACGGUGGUCGCUCCCCAGCAGACGGUCUGCUCCAGAGACGCCCGAACCAAACAGCUCCGACAGCUGCUGGAGAAGAUUCAGACUAUGAGUCAGUCCAUCGAGGUCCUGGACCAUCGGACUCAGAGGGAUCUGCAGUAUGUGGAGAGGAUGGAAGUUCAGCUGAGAAUUCUGGAAACCCAAUUCAGACAGGCGGAAGCCGGACACGAGAGCAACAUCGCCAGACAGUACAAGUCCAUCAAAGCAAAGAUGGAGGAGUUACGGCCUCUGAUCCCAGUCCUGGAGUCCUACAAGGCGGACGCUCUGCUGGUCCGACAGUUUAAGGACGAGGCAGCAAAUGUGACAGAGCUGCUGGGAUCGCUGCAAGAAGAACUGGGAGGUCUGGACUACCAGGAGCUCCACAGCCGAGUGAUGAACCUAGAGGACGGGCUGAGGGCCUGCAUGCAGAGGCUGGCGUGUGGGAAGCUGACAGGAAUCUCUGAGCCAAUCACCAUCAAGACGUCUGGGUCACGGUUUGGAUCGUGGAUGACCGACCCGCUCGCAGCGGCAGGAGACAACAGAGUGUGGUACAUGGAUGGUUACCAUAACAACCGCUUUGUCAGGGAGUAUCAGUCAAUGUAUGACUUCAUGACGACAGAUAACUUCACGUCUCACCGCCUGCCUCACCCCUGGUCCGGUACUGGUCAGGUGGUUUAUAACGGAUCCAUUUACUUCAACAAGUUUCAGAGUCACACCAUCAUCAAGUUCGACUUCAGCACGUCGCUGAUCAGCCGCUCCCGGCAGCUGGACUUUGCCGGGUACAACAACAUGUACCAUUACUCCUGGGGGGGGCACUCGGACAUCGACCUCAUGGUGGAUGAGGGGGGGCUCUGGGCCGUCUACGCCACCAAUCAGAACGCUGGAAACAUUGUCCUCAGCCAGUUAAACCCAAACACUCUGCAGAUCAUCCGCAGCUGGACCACCAACCACCCGAAACGCAGCGCCGGCGAGGCGUUCAUGAUCUGUGGAACCAUGUAUGUUACUAACGGGUAUUCAGGUGGAACCAAAGUGUACUACGCCUACUCCACCAACUCCUCCACCUACGAGUACAUCGACAUUCCUCUCACCAAUAAAUACAGCCACCUGUCCAUGUUGGACUACAACCCCCGAGACAGAGCGCUGUACGCCUGGAACAACGGCCACCAAGUCCUUUAUAACGUUACUCUCUACCACAUUAUACAGUAACACUAAAGACUAAAUAAAGUCCUUUAUAACGUUACUCUCUACCACAUUAUACAGUAACACUAAAGACUAAAUAACGUCCUUUAUAACGUUACUCUCUACCACAUUAUACAGUAACACUAAAGACUAAAUAAAGUCCUUUAUAACGUUACUCUCUACCACAUUAUA